ACAUGUUGGGUCGAUUUUCAUGGCUAUUUAAAUAAAAAUUGAAAGGGGAAGCAGUUCUUCUCAUCUAAUCUAAAGUUGUCAAAGGUGACUGCCAACCACCCUGCACAGUGACGGUGACCAUAUCUGAUCCGAUCAGAAUUCAGAAAAUGGAUGCUGAGACUGAGACCGUGGUGCAUAAUGGAGGUUGCCAUUGCAAGAGUGUAAGGUGGAAAGUGCUUGCUCCUUCCAGUGUGGUGGCAUGGGACUGCAAUUGCUCAAACUGCUACAUGAGAGCUAAUAACCACUUCGUCGUUCCUGCUGAAAAUUUUGAGCUUUUGGGAGAUUCUGGCAAGUUUAUCACAACUUACACGUUUGGCACUCACACUGCAAAGCACACAUUCUGCAAAAUCUGUGGGAUAACUUCAUUUUACUAUCCGCGUUCGAACCCGGAUGGGGUUGCAGUUUCAUUCAGGUGUGUUGACCCUGGAACGUUGACACACAUUGAAAUUAGGCACUUUGAUGGGAAAAAUUGGGAGAGCUCAUAUAAUCAGACAGGCAUCGCUUCAUGGUCAAAGGUGCAGAAGUAACUUCCAUGAUUAACAUCAGGACUAGAAAAUAAAAUGUGGCAGAUGUUAAACUGUGGCCAUGAUAAACCUGACAUAGUGCAACAAGAAAAAGUUCAGAGACAAAUUAUCUAUUUGAUUGAUGUACUCUUGUUUUAGAAUGUUUGUGUUGUGCCAAUGUGUCUUCAACAACCAUGUCAUAGGGAUUGUCUUCAUAAAACGUGGAGAGGUAGCUUCUCAUUGAUAUUUUAUGACAGGUGUUGCUGCCAA